AUGGUCCGAGCCCAACUCGAAGUCAGUAUGCACAACAGAUCAAACUCUCCGAGGCAACAAUCACCCACACGUCCGGCCACUAUUCCUGGCCUCAACACCUUCUUGCUGGCCGGGCAUGACGGGGUAUUAGUGCCCGUGCGAAAUCCCAUUUGGACCGACCCGAACCGGCCUGAUGAGAGCACCGAGGGUGGUGUCAUCGUUCUUGACCCUUCGAGGUCAAAGAGACCUCAUCACAAGUCGAGACGAGGAUGUAGGAAUUGUCGAAGACGGCACGUCAAGUGCGACGAAAAGUUUCCAACAUGUUCACACUGUUUACGUCGUAGAGAGGAAUGCAAGAGACAAUCGACACCCACCGCCGAUGACAAACAUGUACCGUCAGUGGCAAAGCCCAAGAGUACUCAUGCUUGUCCUCGUCCUCGGUCUCACACUCACACUCGAACAUCACGACGAAUUCACCAUCACUCUCCACCUCUCCUGGACAGUACCGGUAUCGGUGGCGGCGGCGGCGGCAGCAGCAGCAGCAGCAGCAACACCACCACGGUCAACACGUUACACGUCAAGUUGUUCCACCAUUUUGAAACCACCACUCGACACACUCUCUGUUUUGGGUCGGUGUGGGAAGGAGCCAUCAGGUGGUCAUUGGAGAAUGAAACCCUCAUGCACGCCAUGCUCUGCGUCUCGGCGAGACAUCUGGCGUACCUGUUUCCAGACGACCCAACGUACAGUCUCGCGGCAAGAGCCCACCUAGUUCAGAGCCUCGGUAUGUUUCGUCGAGACAUCGACAACAACAAGACCCUGACGGCUUCAGAUGCCGACGCAUUCAUGGCGACAUCUAUACUCAUUUAUUUUGAGCUCUGGACCGAGACGGAGUUUGUCAUACAAAAGGGUUCCACCCGAGACGGACGCGAAGCACGAGACGCGUUGGAUUUGUCGAGGGACAACAUGAUCCCUCUCGCUCGGGGAUUGGUCGAAUUGUUUCUUCGCUCGGGGCCUGUCUUGUUCGACCGCGGAAACGGAAACGAGGAUCCAGGAAACCCAAAACCGUCCGUCUUUGUCGCCGAGAUCCAACACAGUCCUCGUCGCAAUUUGGAAAAUGCUGCUGCGAUCCAUCAGGGUAGUGGACUGAGAAAGGACGUGGCUGUCGACUCUAUUCGUUCGUGGUCGGUACCGGCAACAGCAUCUGGACCAGAACAAGUCUCUGAUGACAGUGACAGGAAGAGUCAAGAUGAAAUGGACAAUGAGAAUGACACUGUACCUUUGCCGCCACCACCAAAUCCAGCACAGACUCCGGCCCCCUCAGCCCAUGAGAAGGGAUAUGGACACGAAAAACUAGGCGAAGAUGAAGACGCAGUCGCAGAGUCUUGUACCUUUCAAUCUCUACACGAAGACGCCACCUCUCGCCUUGCCACACUGUGCAUGUUCCUCCCCGAGAUGCGAUCAGGGCCACACCGAGACCGAGAUGAAGAGCGACUGUCAAAUCACGAGACCGAACGUGACCACGACGGGUUUCCUCUUCUCCCUCCUCGACAGCUCCGUGCCGACCUGAUCCGGUACGCGUUCACGUUUCCGAUCUUGACCCACGAGUACCUUUCGAGACUCGUCUCCAGGCGACGGGACGACACACUCACAGAGCCGGGUCUCGUGGUGCUGUACCACUUUUACAGGUGCGUCCGGAUCUUGUUGGGCGACGACUCCCACGCGUGGUGGACACAUCGAAGGGCCAGGUCGAUGGAAUCUCUACUCGAGCAACAACUACGAGAGACACUCAACGUCGAUCGGUGA